GUGGUGCCGGGGAGCCCUGUCGCUUUAAGCCUAAGCCCCGGUUUCCCAGGAGACUUAGGAGGGCAGUGGAGAGUGCCCGCCUACCUGGGGAACCUGCGCGAGGUGUGGCCGGGGAGGCUCGGGAUGCGAGGUGGGCGGGGGCGGGCUGAAAGUUGGGCAAGCAGGAAGUGAACCGACGGCUGCCCGAAAGGAAACAGACUAGGCGAGAGUCCUGCUGCCGACAGGCCCGAGCCGCUCGGAAACAUGGAGGAAGCCACUGGUGGUGGAGGAAAUGACCGUGUGCGAAACCUGCAGAGCGAAGUGGAGGGAGUCAAGAAUAUUAUGACCCAGAAUGUGGAGCGGAUCCUGGCCCGGGGAGAAAACUUGGACCAUCUCCGUAACAAGACAGAGGAUCUGGAAGCCACAUCUGGGAAGCACGGCCCAGGGAAACAAUUUCUGCAAUUCAAGUUGGGAGAGGAAGAGCAUUUUCCCUCAGUUCCAACCCCUGUACUGCCCUGGCCCCUCCUCCAGCUUCAGCAGUCCUCAUGUGGCCAGAAGUUAUGGAACCAGGGAGAUGUGUCCACCUGGAGCCUGCAGCCCUCAGCCCCAGUGUCUGCCCUCCCAAGGUCCGAGCACUUCAAGACCACAUCGCAGAAGGUGGCUCGGAAGUUCUGGUGGAAGAAUGUGAAGAUGAUCGUCCUCAUCUGCGUGAUUGUUUUUAUCAUCGUCCUCUUCAUCGUGCUCUUUGCCACGGGUGCCAUCCCUUAAGUAACUUAGGGAACCCCUCCCACCCUGCCCUCUUCUUUGGGGGCAACCUUCCAUAGUGGGUGCCAAGAGGGACCCUCUCUCCUGUCCUUCCCCACAGGGAAUGGUGCUCCAUCCUCCCGCCCCUCACUCUGAGGCCCCUCUACCACACUGUCUGCCCCAGGGAGCACCUUGGUCCCCAGAAGGAGAGAGCUGGACUGUGGCUGUGUUUCAGGGGUCCUCACAGUUGGUUGGAGAGACCCAGAAGGGCCAGCACGUGGCUGGGAAACUGAUGGAACUGAGGGUGGCCAGUGGACAAUAAAGACCUUUCAGUAUCCCUACGCAUGUGAGGUACUUUCUCCCUUUCCAUUUUGCCUUUGGCCCUUCCAUUUCUUUUCUCCCCAAGGACGCCCUCUGGCAGAGAUCCUCCCAUUGGAGGCCCAGGCUGUUGGAGGGGUGGAGAGCAUAUGUUUGGAGAAGAAAGGUGGAAACUCUCUGUCUUUCUUUAUGUCCCCUUGUACCAUCAUCGUCACUGGUCUCAAGAACAGGGAUUUUCUGGAGGUCUUGGCAUGUGGAAAAUUCAAAACCUUCCCAGCAUUUUAGGGUAGUAUGUGAGACUCUUAAAUGUCCCCUCUGGGUCUUGCCAUUUCUGUUAUUAGUUUUGGGCUGGAAGUGUUAGCUGAGACAUGAAGCCUACCUGGGCAGAGCAUUUAGGAAUGUGGUUAAGGGCCUCCCACCCCUCCCACCAUUGCCAUUUCUCUUUGGUGGCCCUGUUGUAGUCUUAGAGUGAGGGGGUUAGAGGAACUGAACUGCUUUUCCUUCUCUUGUGGUUCUGCGAGUUCUAUUUGUCUUUUGUCUGCCCCUGUCCUUCUGGAACUUAGCAGGGCCUCUGGGUCUCAGCUGUCCUGAGGGAGUGAGCAUCUCUCACCCGUGUCUCGUGGCUGGGCACAGUCAGUGUCACAGGACAGGGCCUAUGGCCUUCCUUCCCCUCCGUGGACAAUGGACCUCUCUGUCUUUGGGCCUCCCUCCUCUCCACCAGGUUCCACCAUCAUUGUCACUCUUUCCAGUGCCCAGUGAGCCUUGGUUUGGGGGAAGGGUUCACGUCAUCUCUGUCCCUAUUUCCCCCAUAGGCUUUCCAGAAUUGAAAAGAACCUGAUUUGGGGAGGGAGUCUGGAAGGGGCAGGGUUGGGAAACAGGACUGGGGACUAGUACUGGCAAGUCAGGUUCUAGAAUCAUGCUCCGGGGACUUCCCUGGUGGUCCAGUGGUUAAGACUCCACACUUCCAAUGCAGGGGGCAUGGGUUUGAUCCCUGGUUGGGGAAUUAGGAUCCCACAUGCCGCGCAGUGCAGCCCACCCCCC